AGUUUCCCGUGUUACUUGAUUUUAUUAAGCCUGAGGAAGAGUCCCGUGCUGGGCUGUUGUAUAUAAACGCGAGGCGAAAGUGUUCCAGCCACACUCCUGAUCCUCUUCCUCCUCCCGCUACACUCUGGACAGAAGGAUGGCCAAGGCAGCAGCAGCAGCAGCGUGGUGCCUCGUGGUGCUGGCGGCGUUGGUGGCGGCGGAGGCAGACCCCGGCCACCACCAUGGAGGAACGCCCUACUACAAGCGGCCUUACUACAAGCGCCCCAGCUUCUACAGCCAGAGGAGGCCAUACGGUGGUGUGAAUCACGGAGCUGUACAUUCUGGAGCUGUGAGCGGCCACUCCUCUUUCGACCACGCCUCCGUUGGGCACCUCGGCGGGCAGCCCGACAUCCACACCUCUGUGGGGCAUGACAGCCACGCCUCUGUAGGGCAUGACAGCCACGAUGCCAUCGGCCACGCCUCCACUGGGCCAGUCCUGGUGGACACCGUGGACCUGCGCUCCCAGCCCCGUCACACCAACGAUGACCUGUACCCCGGCCUGCGGGAAGGCUACAGCUUCUACACGUACAAGCCAACCGCUGGACACGACGGCUGCAGCGACUGGUGUUACUCCUCUGGUGCCAGCCAGUACUACUGCUGCCACGAGGCUCACCACUAACAUGACAACAGGCAGUAGACGACAGCAGUGUACGUACUACUGCUGUUAUGAGGGCCAGUAGGAGCUAAAAGUAACAUGUAGCAAAUGGCGGAGAUCUUCAGGGACAGUAACAAUACCACUGUUCUGAGGCUCACUAGAAAAAACAGAGAACAAAGGCAGUAACUCGUGCUAUCAAUACCCCAUUAGCAGCGCAACGCUACAUCAGCUUCAACGAGCCACAAGUCACACUGUUCCUUUUUAUCACAGGAAUAAUAUAUAUUUUGUAUCAA